AUUCUAGUCAUCUCUGCAAUUGUGAAUCAGUUGAGCAUCUCUUUCAUCAAUGAACGACCAUCAUGAUUAAUCACUAUAUAAUGGGGUAUAUCAGAAUAUACAUCUUGCAUUAAAUGCAAGGCAAUGGAAGCCAAUGAGUUAACGGAAUGUAAAUGUUCAAAUGGAAGUCGAUUCCUUGAAACGUGAGUGGUGAAUACUGGAUAUAACCUGUACACCGCUUGGUCAUUUCGUUAUGAACUAUUCUUUAUACAUACAUCGAAUGCACACUACCACUGUCAUUGGGCAAUAAUUAGGUCGAAUCCUCGAUCCAUCCAAUCGAGGCGCAUUAUUAUUAUUAUUCGAUUCGAGCAUUGACUGCUUAUGCUCAUGCAUGUUCUCCUUUUUUUUCAUCUCUCAUCAGCUUCCAAUUUGGAGUGAACUUUUGUUUCAUCGUCGAAACUAUCUUUCGUUCUGUCUUUCUACAUCGAAUGGCAAUGUUUGUGAUGAUGAUGAUGGAUGCGUGCUCGAGUGUAAUUAAACGUUCAUUGACAUCUUUUAAGAUCGCGCUAUCUAUUUAAGAUUCGAUUCAAUUUCUCAAUCACAUUCACCAGCACGACAUUCAAUUGAUGGCCAUUUAGCCAUGGAACCAUGUUUUUUUGUGCUCCAUCUAUAAAUCGACAAAUCUGGCAUUAGGCCAAUUAGACUGAUGACUAAUAUAUAUGAAGAAUAAAUUAUUCGUAUUUAUUAUUAUCACCAUUUGGUCGAACGGUGGUCACUUCGGUCGGGUUUUCGGUGCCACGAGAGAUAGCCAUAUGACCACUUUCUCUUUUUAUUUAGUUAUUAUUAUUAUAGCUGUAUACAUGUACAGAACAGCAAUCACCAUCGAAGGUCACCCAUGAACCAGUCUUAAAAAAUAGCAACAAGUUGGCUAUGCAACAAGUGGUCAACUCCAAUUCAGAGUUCACUGAACUCACCUGUGCUAAUGACUACCACAUGUACAGAGAAAUCCACUAGUAGCAUCUUUCAUUCAUGAUCGUCUCGUGGAUGGCUUAAUCCUAGAUGGACAACAAUCCAAUUUUUGCAAUUUAUCAGAAUGUUCCAUUGAAAAUGAUAUUAUUAAUUCACAGAGUGAUUAUCGGAUAUACAUAUCUAGCAUUCAUCAUCAGUGAAUCUAAAUGGCAAAUCGAGUUAUAAUUGAACAUGUGCUUAGCUGUACACAAAGCUUUUCCAUUUUUCAGAGAGGUGCUUUCUCUUUGGAACAUUAUUAUUAUCUUCAUCGUUUCAGUGCAAACGUGUAUACUUGUGUGUUUGUGUGUGUGUAUAUGAGCACCAUCAUCGUAUAUAGAUGACGUUGGAUCGUUGAAAGAGAAUAUUAAUUAGCAUGAUGAAUACUGCGGACAAUGACCGAAAGUGACCACCAUCUUCAACAUUUGUUCAUCCAUAUCGAAUCGAAGUUCAGGAAUCUGCACACAUGUGCUUAUGUGUCCUCCACAUCCGUACAGCUAUAGUAUAGUAUAGUAUAUAUAUAUGAACGUCCAUGAAUAAUCUUUUUUCAAUGCAAUCCACAUUCAAUAUGUUGAAUUUGAAUGCCGAUUCCUCAGAUUGCAUCAAACUGGCCGAUGGAUGAAGUUGAUAUUAUGAUCAGGCUGAUUAGAAGAUGGCCACUUAACCCGAUUUAUAUCGAUAUGAUUCAUCUUUUCCUGCUUCAAUACUGACAAAGGAAACACCAACUUGGAAAUACAAUCUAAUCUAGCUAAUGUGAUUGAUUUAGGAUGGCAAAAACAUACAGAGGAGAGUUCAACGACCUAUAACUGAACAUCCACAAUUGCCAAAAACGUUAUUUAUCUUUUUCAAAGUACUUGUAUGUAACCUGUUGCUGCUGGAUCGAUCCAGAAACGAGACAUACUGAGAGACACAAUGAUAGAAGAAAACAAGGAAUCAAACUUAUGAAUCAAAUACAAUCAAUGAUGGCCGAUAUCGUUUAAAAGAUCAAAACGGUAGAGCCGAAACCUUGACCUGAUAGAUGGAAUGAAUGAAUGGUCAACUUGGAUCCACAAUAUGUUCAAGUGUUCAAAUAUGAUCAAGUGUUAAUGAACUUGAGUCGCGAGUGGCGUUUGUUUGUUUGACUAUGGAUAUGCCCGGAACAAGCACACCCCGGAGUGGUUGUCUUGAAUCAAUUGUUAUGUAACCAUUAGGUUAGACACCAAACCACACUAAUCAAACUAUCUUGACAUGCUGCAUAGCAACGGGCCAUUUGGUGCUAUAGUUGUUUGCUGUAUUGGGAUUUGGCAAUCAAACUAUUUUUAUUACUGUGAGGACACACAUGUUCCGUUGAGCAAAUUCAAAACUUGUGUAGAUGGAAAAGGCGCGUAUGUCUCACAUUUUUGUUUGCAUGGUGUGUGUGUGUGUGGUGAAACUUGCUGUUCGGUGGGCAUCCUCAUUCAUUGGAUAGCUAAUGAUCACAGUUCAACGACUUAUGAAUGACUGCUUAUGAUGACCUCGGUGCGGCCAUAGUGGUGAUGGCCGGUCACUGCUUUCUGCCUAUAGAGAAAGAGAGGAUAAAAGAAAACUAGGAAAUGGAUCACUACACAAAAGGACCACAUUUAUUCGAAACUCUAGAGAGUCACUUGUUGAAUACCCGAUAGUCGGUAUUACCGGAUAUUAAUGCUUAAAAUUACAACAUCAGCAACUAAUACAUUUGCAUUCGGUUUAGGUUGACACGUGUUCAUCUGGUUAGUAUCAGAUCAGCUGAUAGCUGUAAUCAACUGGACAGGUCACACCGAUGGCGUUUGUUUAUACAUAGUGAAUAUACAUACAGGGGAGGAUCAUGAUUGUAUUCUCCCGCCUCAAAUCUGAUAAACAAACACACAGAUGGACGAAGGUCCUCGAUAUUGGAUGUUUCCGCCGCCAGAAGACGGCCAAAUACUUGUGGUAAACAUGUGGCAAGGUGGGCAGACACUACACUUACUAAUAAAUCUGCUUCUGCUGCUGCAAAAGCAUUUUGAUGGAAUGCAUGUACACAGGUAAUCACAGCAGCAGAUACAGUGGACAGUGGCUUGUAGUUAAUAUAAAAGGAGAACCGCCAACUUGGCCAACAUUUCAUUUAGUCACUGUCUAACCAUCACUAAGUCACAUUGUCAUUUUUCGUCCAUUAAUCGAUUGCUCGAUUGGAAUCAUCUUAUAAGUGUUGAUUGUGUUGGCCUGCUAUUACCAGAUAAUCAUGCAUCCACUUUGAUCAUAUCCGUUGCUAUAUUAAUAAACCGUCCGUCCCGUCUAUAACGAGAAUCCGGUACUUAUCCUUUACGUUCGUUAGUCAUUCGUUGUCUGUCGUAGCGAUGAUCUUUGAUCUGAUUGUCGACAAUGUUUGCCCUUUGGUCGUGAUACGAAUAUCACUCAUCACGCUGAUUGUUUGUUUAGUGAGCAAACUUUAUUGGUCGCACAGUACCACAAAAAAUCGCUUACCACUUCCACCAGGCCCGUAUGGUAUGCCAAUACUGGGCUAUCUUCCGUUUGUUGGCCAUGAUUUCCAUUUACGCCUUACUGAACUAGGCAAGAAAUAUGGCUCCAUAUAUCAGAUUUAUCUUGGAACUAAACGCGUCGUUGUCAUCAACGAUGCCAGAAUAAUCAAAGAAGCAUUUCGUCAACCAGUAUUUUCCGGUAGACCAGACACUGAAUUGACGCGUAUUCUCCAAGGCUAUGGUAUCGUCAACACUGAUGGCGCAUUGUGGAAAGAACAACGGGCUUUCUUACAUUCUGUCCUUCGAAAAUUGGGAGCCAAAAGCAUGAUAUUGGGACGCGAUUGUUUGGAACUUAAAAUAAGAUCUCAAGUGAAGAUAUUUCUCAAUGAUCUCAAAAGCACAUGCAGUCAGCAGUCAUCGAUACAUAUUCGGCCAUAUCUAGCCUGUGCAGCGUCUAAUGUGAUAGGAUCACUAUUGAUGAGCAUGACGUUCAAGAGUUCGGAUCGUAAAUUCCGCCGAAUCAUAGAAUUAAUGGAGGAAGGAUUUCGUUUAUUUGCUAUAGCCAUGCCUGUUAACUUUUUUCCCUUGUUUCGAUUUGUACCACUGGUCAACUAUGCUUAUCGAAAAAUGCAAAGUAACCGCGACGAAACCAGUGGAUAUUUUCACGAAAUUGUCGAGGAACACCGUCAGACAUUGGAUCCAGAUCAUAUUCGCGACUUUGUAGAUGCCUACUUAGUUCAGCAUGACCGGAUAAAAGAAUCUGGACAAGAUUCUUUUUUUUCAGAAAAGCAACUUAUACAGGUCAUGAACGACAUAUUCAGCGCUGGACUUGAGAAUGUCACCAGCACGAUAGAAUGGGCAGUUCUUUUCUUGAUGCUCAACCCGAACGUUCAACGACACAUCCAAGCGGAAAUUGACCAGGUAAUUGGCCAGAGUAAUGAGGCACAGUUGGGCGAUAUCGAACACAUGCCGUACACGGAAGCUACAUUUUGGGAGGUGCUUCGCCGUAGUAACAUUGUCGCUUUGGGUAAUACUCACAGCACUUUGGAAGAUUCUUCGUUGGCCGGAUACUCAAUACCAGCUACGACACACAUUCUGCCAAACCUGUAUGCGAUCAACAUGGAUCCUGAACUCUGGGAGAAUCCAGAAGAAUUUAACCCGGACCGUUUCCUCAGCAAUGGCCGUGUAUAUAGGCCGGAAUAUUUUAUUCCGUUUUCUGUUGGUCGACGAAUGUGUCUAGGCGAUAUACUGACCAAGAUGGAGGUGUUUCUUUUUCUAACCAGUUUGUUGCAACAAUUUCACCUCAAAAUUCCUGAUGGUGAACAACCACCCGAAGUUGCUAGCAUCGUUUCGGCAUCGAUGGCGCCCAAGCCAUUUAAAGUUUCUCUCGUCGAUAGGUCAAAUGGUUCUAUUCUCAAAUGAUUAGCAGAUGAUUGACCCACCCACGGAUGUUCUUUCAAAUUUAGUUAUCUAACAAAUUAUCAUUAUCAUCAUUACAUUAUCAAUUAAUUAUCAAUUAUUAAUUA